ACGGAGGCCGGUCCAGCGCUGUGGAGGCGGACUCUUAUUGUGAAAGCGAGAGGAGCCGGGUACAAUGCUUAGUCACGGUGAGUUACAGCUUUCCCCCCUCCUUCCUAUGUGGCUCACAGCUCGGCAGACCGCGAUGGAGGAAUUGAACUAGACUACCUGUCAGCUGAGCCAACAGCUUCCUAGUAAACACAAGGGUGCAAACAAAUUCCUUAGCGGGGCAACCUCGAGGAAGGCGUCUCCAGAGAAAGCAACUGAACCCACCCCCACCCCCCAUUCCCAAGGGCUCCAAGUUACGCUUAUGACACUUUUGGCACUCGACCCUGUUUUUAUUUUUAUUUUUUUUCCUUUCAGAGUCGACAAGCCUUCUACUGCCUCAUCUACUGUAUCUGACUCUGCAGCUCUCAGCAGAAGCCCUCUGAAAGGAGCUUUAAUUAUUACCUCUCUAAAAGGAAGCAGUAAAUCAGACCCCCCCCCUCCUUUUGCAAACAAUAUGCAAGACUGACCUGCCCCAGUGGUGAAUCUUGCAGGCAUUUAGGUUAAUCUUCAAAUAUGUUUAUUUUUUGCUUUGGGCAUAUCUGAUAAAUUGCUUUAUUUGAGACAUUUGCGCACUUUAGAUAAGUUUGGUGAUAAGCAACUCUAUAAAGAUGAUUCCCUCGACAAGAGACAGGCUAUUUUCUAUGUCAUAGCUGAUUGACAAGUUUCUGUAGAGUGGAAAGAAAAACACUUGUGUUUUGACAACACAAACAGUUGAACUGAGAUUCCUUUGAGCCUUGUACUUGUUCAGUUUGUACUGUCAAAAACAUUCCCUCGGACAAAGCCACAAGAAUCCUGAACUCAAGAAAUUUUGAUUAUGUUGGAACUGCAACAUGUAAAAGUGCAACCAGCCAUGACUGGCAGCUCACAUUGAAGUCUCUAGUAAUGCCAUAAUGAGCAGUAUGGCUGGACUCAAGUACUGAACAGAGCAAGGAAAUCCUCAUGUCCACAUAAAUCAGACUUAAACGUGAACUCCCACACAAACAAAAAAAUCAGGCAUACCCAGGAGAGCCUGGCGCUUUCUGUUAAGCCGUCUUCCCAGUUUCAGUUCAUACUCUUCUUUUAUUUUACCCAUGCCUGCACCUGGUGCAAGGAUGCCCCAUAACGCUGCCCGCUGUUCUUGAGAAAGAGGGAGUAAGGAGGAGGAGAACGGGUAGGAAAUGACAGAGUGCAUGACAGAAUGCAAAGCGCUGGUGACUCCGUCCACGCGCAACGGCCACCGCGUCUUCAGCUACACACUAGAGAGCCACACGGCAGCCGCCUUCGCCAUCAUGAACGAGCUACGUCUGGAACGUCAGCUGUGCGACGUCACGCUGCGCGUGCGCUACAAAGACCUGGAGGCGGUGGACUUUGUGGCUCACAAGGUGGUGUUGGCUUCCUCGUCCCCGGUCUUCAGGGCCAUGUUCACCAACGGCCUGAAAGAGUGCGGUAUGGAGUUGGUGCCCAUCGAGGGGAUCCAUCCCAGGGUUAUGGACCGACUGAUAGAGUUUGCCUACACAGCCAGCAUCUCUGUCGGAGAGAAGUGUGUGAUUCACGUGAUGAACGGCGCCGUCAUGUAUCAGAUAGACAGCGUGGUCAAGGCCUGCUGUGAUUUCCUCGUCCAGCAGCUCGAUCCCAGCAACGCCAUUGGCAUCGCCAACUUUGCCGAGCAGAUUGGUUGCACGGAGCUCCACCAGAAGGCCCGCGAAUACAUCUACAUGAACUUCAGCCAGGUGGCAACCCAGGAGGAGUUCUUCAACUUGUCCCACUGCCAGCUGGUCACCCUCAUCAGCCGCGAUGAGCUCAAUGUGCGCUGUGAGUCUGAAGUCUUCCAGGCAUGUGUGGCCUGGGUGCGCUACGACCGGGAGAACCGGCGACCGUACGUCCAGGCCUUACUCCAGGCUGUCCGUUGCCAUUCCCUCACCCCCAACUUCCUGCAGGCCCAGCUCCAGUCUCUGGACUGGGACCCCCAGUGCAAAGACUACCUGGCCCAGAUCUUCCAGGACCUCACCCUCCACAAACCCACAAAAGUCAUUUCUUGCCGAACACCCAAGGUGCCACAGCUCAUCUACACAGCAGGGGGAUAUUUUCGGCAGUCGCUCAGCUACCUUGAGGCAUAUAACCCCUGUACAGGAGCCUGGCUGAGGCUAGCUGACCUGCAGGUACCCCGCAGUGGUCUAGCAGCCUGUGUGAUCAGUGGGCUUUUCUACGCUGUUGGUGGAAGAAACAACGCACCUGAUGGCAACAUGGACUCAAAUGCUUUGGACUGCUACAAUCCCAUGAACAACUGCUGGCUGCCGUGCGCACCAAUGAGCGUACCCAGAAACCGAAUCGGAGUCGGUGUCAUCGAUGGCAUGAUAUACGCGGUUGGUGGAUCACAUGGGUGCAUUCAUCACAAUAGUGUUGAAAGGUAUGAUCCAGAAAGGGACCAGUGGCAGCUGGUAGCCCCCAUGUUGACACGGCGUAUUGGUGUGGGUGUUGCAGUCAUCAACCGGCUGCUUUACGCUGUGGGGGGGUUCGACGGGGCCAACCGGCUCAGCUCCUGUGAGUGUUACAACCCUGAGAGGGACGAGUGGAAGACCAUGGCCCCCAUGAACACUGUGCGCUCCGGAGCUGGUGUGUGCUCACUGGGGAAUCACAUCUUUGUGAUGGGCGGCUACGAUGGCACCAACCAGCUGAACACAGUGGAGCGCUAUGAUGUGGAAACUGAUACGUGGAGCUUUGCUGCCUCCAUGAGGCACCGGCGCAGUGCUCUGGGAGUCACUGCAUUACAUGGACGCGUCUAUGUAAUGGGAGGUUACGAUGGCAACACUUUCCUUGACAGUGUGGAGUGUUACGACCCAGAGAAGGACACCUGGUCGGAAGUGACACACAUGACAUCAGGGCGGAGCGGCGUGGGUGUGGCCGUUACCAUGGAGCCGUGCCAGAAAGAACUGCCACAAUGUCAGAAGUGUGAGAGAGAGAACGGUGCUGCGUCCCCAACCUAUCAGUCCGCCAACUCCGGAUAUAGCUCUCACCACAAUCAGCGGCACGGCGGGCCCUUCGGCAAAGCCGUAUGAGACUCAUCGCUAGACCCUGUCACACAUGCACAUACACAGACGAGUGCCCCAAAACUCCACUUUGUCUUCCCAAAUCAAAAUAAAGACCCUCACAGCUGAUUAAAGACAGAGGUGAGCAGAAACACCAUGUGCUUCCUCACUGAUUCUAGAGCUCACACUUGAUAUGAAUUUUAAAAAACAGAAUCAGGAAAACUUUAUUUUAACAGUGCAGUGUUGAUACUCCUCUAUAAGGUGACUAAAAAAGUAAUUUGAGUAUCCGCAUUGGACUUUCCAAAUCAAGUACGACCCCAGAAUCCUACAGUCCAGUUUUCAAGACCUGAAAUUUGAUUAAUUUGUUUGUGGUUAAUUGUGUUCCACCAAAUCUGAGAGACCUCAGUCCGUCUGUGUGUUCAGAUCUUAUAUUUGAAGUGCUCAGUCGGACCAUCAUCUCCCAGGUUUGAGCCAUGGGAGGAAAGGGCUGCAUACUAAAAAGGGCCAUUUACUGGCUCAAAGAGUUAUCAGGGGCUCUUUAUACUUCAAGAGCAACCCAUGCAAAAGUUUAAUCUGGGGAGGGGGGAAUUCAAAUGAUCCCAUUCUGUAAAAAUGGUAGUAAAAAAGUAGCAUUUGUCGGCAUAGGCAGUAGAGUUCAAAGUGCCAUUUUAAUGCCUGUGGGCAUUACUGACAUCAGUAUAUUGUCUUGAGGGGUUUUGAUGGAAAGGCAUAGACAGAGUCACUGUGUGGUGUGUAGAAAUUGGUAAAGUUAACCCAGACAGCCACAAGAUGAAGCUUAUACAUGACGAUGGGCCUCAUGCAAGAACAUUUUCUGUAUUCUCAUCCUAAACCUCUCUUUACUUUUUUUUCCUUCUACAUGUCAGUUUCAGCAAACUCCCUUAACUGCACAAACUUGUUGUAAAUUCCAGCCUGAUGAACCUGUUAAUGAGUAGGUGUGCAUUUGUGGGAUUUCAUCAUUUGCAUAAUAAUCACACCCAAAUUGCUAUGGAAAGCUACUUGUUCUGCUCCGGGAGAAUUUCACACUGUGGAGUUUCAAGUCCUGAUGUUGGAAAUCAGCAGACAUAACAAAUAUAGCAAUGUCUGUAGUCAAACAUUUUAAAAUAUUACUAUAGCUGCCAAUGCUGUCAUUACAGAGUAGUGCCAUGACAGAAAUAGGGAGUAAAAAGUAGUCCAUGGCUGAUAUAUGAGGCAGUGAUCAAGAGAGCAUGACACUUGGGGAGAUGGACGAGAGAAUAUAUUCCAUUAAACAGAAAGUGAUGUUACACUGUUGGGUGUUUAUAAUGGAGGGUGUUCACCUGGACAGUGACCUUCAUAAAGACCCUGAGGCAGCUGUUGGAGUGUUUUUCAAGCAACUGCUGAAUUGUAUAAGUUGUCUCAAGAAAAAACACCAUAUUUAAACUACAUAUUCUUUCCAAAUAAGGCAUUUUAAUUCUUCUAAGAAGUGUUUUCCCCCUGUAGAGAACAGCAUCUGUACACGACUCAUACAACCCCUGAUUUUUGUUUGUACCUAAGAAAAUUGAUGAUUGCCACAAAUUCUAUUAAAUCACUCAUGUGCCAACUUAAGAUCGAAUCUGUUAGGAAGAGUGGCUCUUUCAUGAGGCCCAAAGUCUCAAAUUCAUGUCGGUACAAGAGAAGCGGGACCUUAAAGUAGCUGCAUAGUAACAAAUGUGUCAUUCACUAAUCGCUACUGGUAGGUUCAUUAAAUUACAUUUUUGGAAAAGGUGGUAUAUUUAUUGAGGGUUGCCUCCUGUAAGGCUAUUGGAGAGACUGGUCCAGUAUAUUUGGUAUGUGGAGUGCCAAGUGAAUGAAGAAACAGGUUUUGUGUUUAGAGGAAAGGGAAUACUGUAGCAACAACCACACAACUUCAAACAUCUCACUGAAUGUGUUUUCUAAAAACACUAAUUACUGACACAAUUAAGAACCUCCCCCUACAGAUGACUUUUUUUUUUUUUUUUUUUUUUUGGUUUUCACCAGACCUCAGAAACAGAAGUGACCAUGUUUGUGCAUUAGUGUUCAGACAUUGUAUGCUAAUGACAAAAACUUGCUUAAAGCAGUGUAUUUGUAACAGCAGUUUAAGCUACAAAGGUUUUUAAGUGAUGUUUUGUACAUUGAUAUUCAAAGAAGUCUUGUACAGAAUUUCAGAGAUCACUUUUUUUAUUUAUUUGUUCAGAUACUUUUGGUUUUCUCGUUCCUCUAAACUGACAUCAGCUUUGUAUUGAAUUGGACUCUGGUGUUGUGUUUUUGAAUAACUAGCAUGCAUUGUAACUGUAAGUAGGAAUGGCUGUAAUUUGUUAAUGCUAAUUUUGGAUGUUUGUAAAAAAAAAUUGCUUCACUUCGAAAGGGACUUUUUUUUUUCUAUCCGUCAGUAGUUGGAAUGGAAAUUAUAAUAUUUAAGGUCUGCUUUGUACAUUUUUUUUCCCAGCAAAAAAAUACCCUGUACAAUAAUACAUUGUAAAGUAAAAUAUAUGUUUAUUGUA